CGGUGGGAAAAAUUCAUUCAUUAUAUCGGGAUGAUCGCACCUGUUGAGAGCCGUAGAAUUCAAGUUGAUCGCAAUUUGAACCAAAGUAAACCAGCGUUGCGAUUGAUUCGAUGCGGGCAGGCUCUUAGUAGCUGAUCUCGACAACAAUAUCCGAUCCACGAAGAUGACGAGGAAAAAGUGGGAAACGGAAGGACGGGGCUGGUGGUCAAACAAAUGCCGCAAUAUAUGUUCUUUUGAAACACAUGGAAGAAUAAAACAGAAUGGUAUGGAAUGCAUCAUCCUGAGUCAAAAUCUCUGCCCCCUAUCCAACGGAAAAUCUCCAAGAAACGUAUGCAAAGCUGCUGUCUUUGCUGUGCUGUGGCAUGCCAUCACUUUGACAUUGAAAAAGCGCGUGAAAGAGAAGAGAGGUAGAAGCAGAUUGAUUUCCAAACCAGGAAUGGACUUUUCUUCUCCGGAACAUAAAAGGAAACCUUAACCUCCCCAAAGGAGUAAAAUAUCCCCGAAGUGCACCCUAUUCAAAACGGAGAUUCCUGGAAACUUUCUCAUUUGGUUACCCCUAUCGGAUCAAAUUUCUGUGUUAUCUCACCUUAUCCACUUCAAAGAUCUUGUAGUGGCUUACUGGAUCCUGUCUUGUCCUCCGUGCACACUGGAGAGAGAAAAAUCGAUCGUUCUGAAGAACAAGAAGGACUGUGCUCGGGCGGUCCUAUUCAUACACAAGUAUCUCUGCUCGAGACAAAGUAACUGAUCAUGCAAUCGCCUGAUGGAGGUGGCGCUCGGACAAGGCCUAAGGGGAAGUAUGCAGCAAUGGUCGUUUGUUGGCUUCUCGGAAACGGAUGCCUCUUUUCUUGGAACAGUAUGCUUACAAUUGAAGACUACUAUGCUUACUUGUUCCCGGAUUACCACCCUUCAAGAGUUCUGACCCUCGUAUACCAACCUUUUGCCUUGAUUACACUUGCCAUUCUCGUGUACCAUGAAGCAAAAAUCAACACAAGACGCCGGAACUUGUUUGGAUACACCCUAUUCUUCAUAAGCUCUCUAUUGGUUUUAGUUUUGGAUUUAGCCACAUCUGGUAAAGGAGGGAUCGGAACUUUCAUCGGUAUAUGCGUAAUUAGUGCUGCUUUCGGAGUUGCAGAUGCUCAUGUUCAAGGAGGAAUGAUUGGAGAUCUUUCCUUCAUGCUAUCAGACUUUGUUCAGUCUUUCGCUGCUGGUUUGGCUGCUUCCGGGGCUCUCACCUCAGGAUUGAGGCUGAUCACAAGAGCAGCAUUUGAAGAUUCCAAGGACGGUCUCCGCAAGGGAGCAAUUCUGUUCUUUGCAAUAUCUUCAUUUUUCGAACUUCUCUGUGUCCUGCUCUAUGCUUUCGUGUUUCCCAAACUGCCGAUUGUGAAAUAUUAUCGCUCAAAGGCGGCCUCAGAGGGGUCUAAAACCGUCUCAGCUGACCUUGCUGCUGGUGGUAUCCAAGUCUUACAAGGUGCAGAGGCCGAGGAUGAAUCCAAACGGAUGAAGCGAUUGAGCAACAAGGAACUGUUGAUGCAAAACAUUGACUAUGCUCUCGACUUAUUCUGUAUCUAUGUUCUGACAUUAUCGAUAUUCCCUGGGUUUUUGUCUGAGGAUACGGGAUCUCACAGUCUUGGCUCAUGGUACGCACUCGUUCUGAUAUCAAUGUACAACGUAUGGGACUUAAUUGGGAGAUACGUUCCACUAAUAAAAUUCAUCAAGUUGGAGUCAAGAAAGGGGCUUAUGGUGGCGACCCUCUGCCGUUUCCUCCUCAUUCCCGCAUUCUAUUUCACAGCCAAGUAUGGAGACCAAGGGUGGAUGAUAAUGCUCACUUCAUUCCUGGGACUGAGUAACGGUUACCUAACUGUCUGCGUCCUCACUUCAGCGCCAAAGGGCUAUAAGGGGCCGGAGAAGAACGCGUUGGGGAACCUGCUCGUGCUGUUUCUCAUAGGGGGCUUGUUCGCAGGGGUGACACUGGAUUGGUUGUGGCUCAUAGGAAAGGGCUGGUGAGGUGAACUCGGUUGAGGAUCCGAAUGAUGGAAAAUACUGCAAGCAAACUGCAGAUCCAAUCCUCUGUUAUUUGUACAGCAUGUUUUGAACCUGAGAUUCAAAAAGGUCGCAUAUGAUUAGCGUCUUCUUGAAUUGUAUGAUUGCCCAGUCAAUGUUUGAUUAUCAUGAAUAUUAGGUGAGUGCCACUCAUCUAUGUGAGAGGAUAUGGUAACAUCCAAUCACGGUAGACGAGUAACAUUUAUCCAAAAUCUUUUUGAACUGGCCUCGUUUAUGUUUCUAUUAUUGAGAAAUGUGAUUGUUCUUUUA